AUAUACAGGCCCAAAUUUAAGGUGAGUUGGGCUUAGUCAAAAGAGAAACACUGGGCCCAAAGUAAAGUCCAUUUAAUGACCCAAAUAAGAUGGGCUUUUCAACAGCCCAUUUAUUGUUAGCUUCAACUGCUCAUUAGCUCAGUUAUCGCCGCCCUGAACCACCGUCGACCGCCCCGCCCUCAUAUUCCUCUCCGCUCCCGCUGUAAAAGUUCAGAUUAAGAGAUGGCUUCCGAUGGCAAAAACCCAGAUCAAGCAAACCCUUCUUCGCCGCCUUCUUCUUCAAAUUCAUCUUCCUCGGACCUCUGGAAAGAGCGCAUUAUAAUCCCCACUUUACUCGCAGGUGUUGCUGGUGGCGCUGUUGGAUUGAUAUCAAAGCAUAGAAAAACUCUCGGCCUUUCAAAAAUAUCAGCGACUUAUGCAUCUAAUUUUGCUAUUGUUACAGGCUGCUAUUGCGGUGCACGUGAAUUUGUGAGGGUGAGUAGGACGGGGAAACCGGAUGACUUGUUGAACUCAGUGAUUGGAGGCUUUGGCAGCGGGGCUAUUCUUGGACGCCUUCAAGGUGGUCAGCUUGGCGCUGUUCGUUACUCUGUUAUUUUUGCUGUUGUUGGAACUGCAGUUGAUUAUGCAGCUCUAAAACUAAAGCCAGCAGUAAGCAAAUUCACAGAGAAAAAGGGCGACUGGUUGAAAUUGCCUGAAUGGUCACCCAUUCAAGUACUUGACGAUGAAGCUGUCGCUGCAAAACGUGCUCGUGAACAAGAAAUCUACAGAAAUGUCCAUAAUUUGAACAAAGAAGAAUCCUGAUAUCCCUUCUCUUUUUCCUGUUUUUUCCUUGGUCUUUUUUCUUCUUCUAUUUGGGUUUUGUAUCAUGCUUUAAUUCAAAUCAUAUAUAGGUCAUAUUUCUAUCAAACUUAUCAUUUUUGUUUUUA